UUUGUGUACAUUAAUAUACUAACAUCUCGAAAAGAGAAAAGGACUUGUGCUUGAUUACCGAGGAUAAGCUUAUACUAUCAGUAAUAUCGCCAUUGCUAAAAAGAAUGACCUAAGAGUCAUACAGCCGACAACAGCGAUGAUUUGAAGUCAAACAUUAGUAAUUCGAUAAGCAUUAAUAAUCAGAUAAUAUAAAAAAAAAGACAGCGACCCUCUUUUUCUUUCUUUCUUGGAAUCCCUCUUGUAUAGUAAUAAUAAUAGUAACAAUAAACAAUGUCUUCUGAUAAAAUCACUUUCUAUAACGCUGUCAUUUGUCCUUACGCUCAGCGUGCCGCUAUUACUUUAAGAGAAGUUGGCGCUGAUUAUGAAACAGUCGAGAUUGACUUGUCAAAUAAGCCUGAUUGGUACAAGAACAUCAAUCCCGAGUUAAAAGUACCUGCAUUUACAGUGGGUGACAAGCACAUUGCUGAAUCUUUGGUACUUGUCGAAUAUCUUAACGAUCGUUUUCCUGAGAAAAACCUUUUACCUAAAGAUCCAUUGAAGCGCGCAUAUGUUCGUUACUUUAUUGAAUAUUAUUCUUCUAAAGUACAAAGCGAAUUUUUCAAAUACGUUUUCAAUAUCAAAGCAGAAAAUGCCUUUGCUGAUUACGAAAAGAACGUCAAUCCUGCCUUGGAUCGUAUCAACGAACUCUUGGUUCAACAAUCUCCUACAGGCCCCUACUUCCUUGGUAAUGAAUAUUCUAUAGCUGAUAUCGCAGUUGCACCCCUCCUUGCUCGUAUUCUCGGAUUCCACAGGCUAUUCUUGAAUGGAUAUGAAUGGGAGGCAGUCAAGAAGUAUCCUAGAUUAGCUGAAUUCAUUAAGGGUAUUACUGAAAGACCUUCCUUCAAGGAAACAUACAUUGGUGAUGAAAAAUAUGUUGACACUUUUACAGCCAAGUUCAAUAUUACCAAACCUUAACUAUUCCUUUAAAUCAUAAUAAAAAAAAUCAUCAUUUUGUAAGUUAUUGUCACACAAAGUCAACUGAUAAACAUACUAAGAAACGAUGGGAG